GCAUUUUGGUAUUAGGUUUUGUUUGAUCAAGUCAGAGAUUGUUAACAUCAGCAGCACGACGAUAUAAGAAUCUUUGUAACCCAGCCAAUUAUACAAUCCUUGGUAGUGGCCAUCCUUUUCCGGUACAGUAGCAGCAAUGGCUCGCGGGCCCAAGAAACAUUUGAAGCGUCUAAAUGCACCGAAGGCAUGGAUGUUGGACAAACUUGGUGGUGUUUAUGCGCCAAGACCCAGCACUGGCCCUCACAAGCUUAGAGAGUCACUGCCUUUGGUCAUCUUCCUUCGAAACAGACUCAAGUAUGCGCUGACAAACAGUGAAGUGACAAAGAUAGUUAUGCAGCGGCUAAUAAAAGUCGAUGGAAAAGUCCGUACAGAUCCGAACUACCCAGCAGGAUUCAUGGAUGUGGUGACAAUUGAAAAGACUGGAGAGUUUUUCCGUCUAAUUUAUGAUGUAAAGGGCCGUUUCACAAUUCACAGAAUAACACCUGAGGAGGCAAAGUAUAAAUUGUGCAAAGUGAAGAGGGUGCAGACUGGUCCUAAAGGUAUCCCAUUCUUGGUGACCCAUGAUGGACGUACCAUCAGGUACCCAGACCCUGUUAUAAAAGUUAAUGACACAGUUCAGCUGGAUAUUGCUUCAGGAAAAAUAAUGGACUUCAUAAAAUUUGACUCAGGAAAUCUGUGCAUGAUCACUGGAGGCCGUAACUUGGGUCGAGUUGGGACUGUUGUGAACAGGGAACGACAUCCAGGAUCCUUUGACAUUGUGCAUAUAAAGGACGCCAAUGGUCACACUUUCGCUACAAGGUUGAAUAAUGUAUUCAUCAUUGGAAAGGCAACCAAGCCAUAUGUCUCAUUGCCUAGAGGCAAGGGAGUGAAACUGAGUAUUGCAGAAGAACGUGAUAAGAGACUAGCUGCAAAGGCAGCAUCUGGAUAAUGUAAUAGUUCUGUGGAAAAUGCUGUUUAAUUAAUAAAAAUCC